AUGGUUUUCGCUAGCGAUGAUGACGAUUCAAUAUGGGAGUUUGAUGCACCCAAAUUCUGGGAUUUUACAGGAGAGACGAAACAAGAGCUACCCUCUGACUCAUGGUUUUGUAAAUACUAUUUAAAAAAACGCUAUUGUUAUUAUAAUCUAACAGUUACUUUAAACGUAGCUGAGAGGACUGUCUCCGGCCCUUCUUAUCCACCUCAUUUCUAUCCGCCUACACCUGAAGCUUAUGCUAACCGUCGGGCGUUUGUUAUACCUAGAGAGAGAUCGCUAGACCCGUCAAACUCAAACAGCAAGAAAAAUGAGCCUAAAAAGCAAAGGAUAAGUCAUGACCCAUUGUCCGCUUUCAGCAGUAAAAAGAGACCUUUUGGAAAUGAUAAAGAUCAACAAGACACAAGACCAGAUGCAUCCAGAAAGCAAAAAAUAACCAGUGAUGUUUUCAGCCGUCUGGCUCAAUCAAAUACAAUAUCUUCUAUAAGUAAAAUGGCCAAACCGCCAGACAUGAAAUAUCAAGCAAAGCUUAAUCAUAGGAAUACGGCAGCUGUUACAAAAAAGCCAAUCACUAACAAGAUGAAUCCCACCGCUACCGCGUCUGCUACAACUACUUCAAGAAAGCCCUAUUCAAAGCAUUCAGAGUUCGUAUACAGACGCGUAGAAAAACCCACAGUGAUGGAUGAUCCCUUCAACACUGAACUCAACACUGCAGUUGCAUCAGUACAAGAAAGUUCAACAACCGAUCAGAAGCAAUCUCCCAGACAAGAACCGAUAUCUAGCACAAGCCGCAUCAGUUCCAACCAGGAUAAAAAAGAUGAUACCCCACUUCCUCCAUAUAUGCCAUUUACGCCACCUCGUCAGAUAAUUCCUGAUUGGUUUUUCUUCAACUCCCCUGAAAAGGCUACAAUAGCAGUUAUUAAAGACUCACCAAGAAAAGUAUCCCCGUCCUUCAUCAAAGACCAAACUUCCCCACCGCCACAAAGCAAAGAAAAGGAAACAAGGGUGCCCAUGUUUAUACAGAAGAACCCAUUUCUUGAAGAAUCUCCUUCUGUAAAAAGGGCAACUAAUCGACCAGCCCCAUCAAGAUACACAAAGCUUAGUACGACUGCUAAAUUUUUGAAUACCAACAAUGAGCCAGAAGAGCUACCGCAGUCAACUGAAAAUAUAAAAAGCCCUCUUGAUGUUGUUGAAAAAGAAGACACUCGACACAUAAGACAUCGACGAAUUAUUGAAGAUCUAAGAAGAAGAAUAUACAAGGAAGAUCCUCGCCAUAUAAGGCAUAAAAAAAUUAUUGAGGACUUAAGGUUAAAAGUGGCAAAGGCAGUAAGAGAAGCUGCAGAGAAGAACAAGUAG